AUGAAACAGGCCAAGCAAAAGUCAAACGUGGAGGAGAAGAAGAAAGCUGCAGCUCUCAGUCUCAGUACUGCUGAAGAACUGAAGGCUAAAAAGAAAUCUAGAUCUUCACAGUUUAAAAACUACAUUCUCAAAGGGCGCCCGAUUACCCUUUCCACACUCCCGAAGCAGAGCCAAAACAUACAGGAGCUGAAAGAGCAGGAGCACAAACAAAGCUGUCUGAAGGAGAAGCGUAACGCUAGGCUUCAGCAGGUCCAGCUAGCAGAAGAAUUGGCUAGACAAAAGGUUCGUGAGCUUAAGAUGAAAAAGGAGAAUGACAAAAAGCACCAGAAGACCCUUGAUCACCAGCCGGAGCUCCCGCACCCACGCGUCCCUACACGCCGACCUGUCUAUAAUGGUUCGGUGGUUGGUGUAAGACCUGUUACUACAACAGGUGUCCGGGCUGAAGUAAAGCAGAAAGUACAGAGGAUUCAUUCAGAGAAUCUAAAACCAGUAAAGACAGUAAAGAAAUAUGAGGUACCAUCAGUGAAGCUGACUGAGCAGAACAAAGAAACAGAAACGCUGCAGCCCAACCUUAUGGGAUUUACAGCAGAACAGCUCGCUGGUCUCAAACUGCAGUCGUGGCAGUACGAUGCUAAAAUGAGACUCAUCAGAGAUCCAGAGGAGGAAGCUUUUAUCAGGUUCAGUGACGAGCUGCUUCUGGAACAGUCUCAGAAAUAUCGCUCCUGUUACCAGCGCCUGAUCGACUCCAACAUCAAGAAUUAAACUAAAUGGUUUCAAGUUCAUGUCCACUGUGUGAGAAGUCCAGUUCCUGGUUCUUGAUAAAUAAAAGUCUUGGAUGGUGGGAAGAGGAGCACCGAUGAUUUUUCUCUGUUGUCCCCACAACUUGUCGCAGUUCUGCUUCUGUCCUGUUUCAUGGCUGAUCUGAACCGUACCAUGAUGGAUGUGCACAGGACAUUUACAUUUUCAGCAUUUAGCAGACGCUCUUAUCCAGAGCGACUUACAGAAGUGCUUCCAAAGUGAACAUUUCAUUUCUCAAGUUUAGGUAAACAACAGUCGAAGAACACAACAGAUUCAAUGACUUGAUUUUAUAUCAAUAAAAUGUAAGCAGACCAACAAUGAGUCUGACUUUUAUUGGUUUAAUAUGAAAC